AUGGUGGAAAACGCCAUAUUUUCGAAAUGGCAUAUCUCGAGUUCAAGUUUGAGGACCAAAUAACUAAAUACAUUCGGGAACAAGAAUUGGAAACUUCACUAAAAUUCAUAACAUUGCGAAAGGACAAACAUUUUGGGCAAAAGGGUCAGUUUUCUUUUUUUACUAGCUAACAUUAGGUAGCAAGUAGCUUACUUUUUCUACUCAUCUAAAAUGACCUAAAGCUGAUGAUACACUAGCCUAAUAAAUUAGACCUUUUCAUGAAUUACUGUUGCAAUAACUACUUACGUGACGGCGAGCUUCGUAGGGCUAAUGAUACACUGGCGAUGUUCUUGGAGCAAUGUUGCUGGCAACGGAGUGGGGUUUGCCCUUCUCAGUCAGUCAUUCCUUGGUCGGUUUCAUCAGCUGAGGGCUGAAGAACCGACGCUGAACCGAAGCUCUUGCUAAAGGCGUCCAGAUGCUUCCCAGCCGAAACAGUUCGGAAAAGUUAGUCAUCAUAAUAUAUGCACAUUUUGACUUAUUUGUUAGUUUUGGACAUAGAUAAGUAAUUUUUUUGGCUGUUCGGGCUAAUAUAUUUAUAAUUACCCAAAUUAGUUCAUCUGUGUUGUUUAUAGUGGGCAAAGCCAAGCACAAACUCAAUUCUACCUUGAACUCUUAAACAACGCUCGUAACAGAUUCUAGUUUUGGAACAGAAACAUGUAUUGAGAUCAGAUGUUUCAUCAAUGAGAAAAUUAGUAGAAUGUCGGCCCAGUGCGACUGGACUUCCUCUCACUACUAUAUUUGGUGGCAGUGUUGCCAACUCCUCAGUAAGGAAAGUAGCUUGGCUGUCCUAAAAGUCGCUAAAUGACGCCAUUGCCUAAUUUGCAUAAUUGGCCAUGCGCAUGUAAUUGUGAUGGAUGCUGUAGGAGAGAGGAAUAACAUCUUGGGAGAGACAAAAAGUGAGUAAAAAACACCCUACAUUUACAUUCCGCCCAGGGCGGGAUCAGCCAGCGGCGGCUUCCCGCAUGCGUGAUUCAUUUGCAGUCUGGAGGCGGAGGGGUGAACAUCUCCUGCUCUGACUGCAGCUGGGAGGGACUGCUGCGCGAGGACUGGGCCGCCUGUGAGUGCUUUGGGACGGGGGUAACAAAGCACCCGCUGCUCGUUGAGAAGAGUAAGAACGAUACGUGCUUUCAUGUCAGAGUCUCCAAAUGUCUCCAAUAACACCAGAAAAAGUUGCUAGAUUUGUUGCUAGUUGCUUUUUUGAAAAUGUGUCGCUAGAGGGGUCUGAAUACUCGCUAAAUAUAGCGACGAAGUCGCUAAGUUGGCAACACUGUUUGGUGGUGAGAACGUCCUGAAGGGAUGCUUCAGCUUUAUAGCCCCUGUGACGUGUCUGGGUCACCCCUUCUGUCUGAGGUUCGGGCACCCAACAUUUUUUCUAGCGGCAAGCCGAAGUCGACGCCACUUCGUCGGUGAUUGGUCAACAGUAGGGAUUCUACAAUAAAGUCUGUCAGUCAACUAGAGACGACUUGUUUUCAUGUAACAUUUUUCAUUGAGAAAUACUGCACCAAACAUCGAUCUUAGUUGAUGUAAAAUUGCGCGACUAAGAUCUCCUAGGCAAAAACGUCUAAAUGAAUGACAGAUUUCUUGCCUUAGAUUCAUUAGAUUAAUUCGGACUAUUUUGGCUACAGCGUCUCAAAAUGGACAAACAAUACUAUUGCUGUGUUUUUUUCUCAUUUUCCAGGCAAAGGUAUUUUUAAGGGAGUAUGCAAGCACGCUCCUUCCGUUUGCCUAGCUGAGUUUGGCUAGGCACCAGCCGAACUGAAGCACGGGGACGCCUUAAAGGUGUCCAGAUGCUUUCCAGCCGAAACAGUUUGUGCAUACAGUGGGGAGAACAAGUAUUUGAUACACUGCCGAUUUUGCAGGUUUUCCUACUUACAAAGCAUGUAGAGGUCUGUAAUUUUUAUCAUAUGUACACUUCAACUGUGAGAGACGGAAUCUAAAACAAAAAUCCAGAAAAUCACAUUGUAUGAUUUUUAAGUAAUUAAUUUGCAUUUUAUUGCAUGACAUAAGUAUUUGAUCACCUACCAACCAGUAAGAAUUCUGGCUCUCACAGACCUGUUAGUUUUUCUUUAAGAAGCCCUCCUGUUCUCCACUCAUUACCUGUAUUAACUGCACCUGUUUGAACUCGUUACCUGUAUAAAAGACACCUGUCCACACACUCAAUCAAACAGACUCCAACCUCUCCACAAUGGCCAAGACCAGAGAGCUGUGUAAGGACAUCAGGGAUAAAAUUGUAGACCUGCACAAGGCUGGGAUGGGCUCCAGGACAAUAGGCAAGCAGCUUGGUGAGAAGGCAACAACUGUUGGCGCAAUUAUUAGAAAAUAGAAAAAGUUCAAGAUGACGUCAAUCACCCUCGGUCUGGGGCUCCAUGCAAGAUCUCACCUCGUGGGGCAUCAAUGAUCAUGAGGAAGGUGAGGGAUCAGCCCAGAACUACACGGCAGGACCUGGUCAAUGACCUGAAGAGAGCUGGGACCACAGUCUCAAAGAAAGCCAUUAGUAACACACUAUGCCGUCAUUAAUUAAAAUCCUGCAGCACACGCAAGGUCCCCCUGCUCAAGCCAGCGCAUGUCCAGGCCCGUCUGAAGUUUGCCAAUGACCAUCUGGAUGAUCCAGAGGAGGAAUGGGAGAAGGUAUUGUGGUCUGAUGAGACCAAAAUAUAGCUUUUUGGUCUAAACUCCACUCGCCGUGUUUGGAGGAAGAAGAAGGAUGAGUACAACCCCAAGAACACCAUCCCAACCGUGAAGCAUGGAGGUGGAAACAUCAUUCUUUGGGGAUGCUUUUCUGCAAAGGGGACAGGACGACUGCACCGUAUUGGGGGAGGAUGGAUGGGGCCAUGUAUCGUGAGAUCUUGGCCAACAACCUCCUUCCCGCAGUAAGAGCAUUGAGGAUGGGUCAUGGCUGGGUCUUCCAGCAUGACAACGAGCCGAAACACACAGCCAGGGCAACUAAGGAGUGGCUCCGUAAGAAGCAUCUAAAGGUCCUGGAGUGGCCUAGCCAGUCUCCAGACCUGAACCCAAUAUCCAGACCUGAACCCAAUAGAACAUCUUUGGAGGGAGCAGAAAGUCCGUAUUGCCUAGCGACAGCCCCGAAACCUGAAGGAUCUGUAUGGAGGAGUGGGCCAAAAUCCCUGCUGCAGUGUGUGCAAACCUGGUCAAGACCUACAAGAAACGUAUGAUCUCUGUAAUUGCAAACAAAGGUUUCUGUACCAAAUAUUAAGUUUUGCUUUUCUGAUGUAUCAAAUACUUAUGUCAUGCAAUAAAAUGCAAAUUAAUUACUUAAAAAUCAUACAAUGUGAUUUUCUGGAUUUUUGUUUUAGAUUCCGUCUCUCACAGUUGAAGUGUACCUAUGAUUAAAAUUACAGACCUCUACAUGCUUUGUAAGUAGGAAAACCUGCAAAAUCGGCAGUGUAUCAAAUACUUGUGUAUAUUUUGCAUUUGUGAAAUUAUUUUGACGUGAUAUGAAGGUAAAGGGCUUUAUGUUUCUAGAACCGUAUCGCAAUUGAGUCUAUUCACGUUUAGAUGGAUUUGGCUGUUUUGGCUGCCAGAGCCAGUCUACCUCUGAAAAUAACAUACACUACAUCACCAAAAGUAUGUGGACACCCCUUCAAAUUAGUGGAUUCGGCUAUUUGAGCAGCACCCAUUGCUGACAGGUGUAUAAAAAUCGAGCAUACAACCAUGCAAUCUCCAUAGACAAACAUUGGCAGUAGAAUGGCCUUACUGAAGAGCUCCGUGACUUUCAACGUUGCACCGUCAUAGGAUGCCACCUUUCCAACAAGUUAGAAAGAGCUUCCCCGGUCAUCUGUAAGUGGAAACGUCUAGGAGCAACAACGGAUCAGCCGCGAAGUGGUAGGCCACACAAGCUCACAGAACGGGACCGCUGAAGCGCGUAGCGCGUAAAAAUCGUCUGUCCUCAGAUGCAACACUCACUACCGAGUUCCAAACUGCCUCUGGAAGCAACGUCAGCACAAUAACUGUUUGAAGGGAGCUUCAUGAAAUGGGUUUCCAUGGCUGAUCAGCCGCACACAAGCCUAAGAUCACCAUGCGCAAUGCCAAGCGUCGGCUGGAGUGGUGUAAAGGUCCAACUUUGUGGCAACAGUUUGGGGAAGGCCCUUCCUGUUUCAGCAUGACAAUGCCCACGUGCACAAAGCAAGGUCCAUACAGAAAUGGUUUGUCGAUCGGUGUGGAAGAACUUGACUGGCCUCCACAGAGCCCUGACCUCAACCCCAUCGAACACCUUUGGGAUGAAUUGGAACGUCGACUGCGAGCCAGGCCUAAUCGCCCAACAUCAGUGCCCGACCUCACUAAUGCUCUUGUGGCUGAAUGGAAGUCCCCGCAGCAAUGUUCCAACAUCUAGUGAAAAGCCUUCCCAGAAGAGUGGAGGCUGUUAUAGCAGCAAAGGGGGGGACCAACUCCAUAUUAAUGCCCGUGAUUUUGGAAUGAGAUGUUCGACGAGCAGGUGUCCACAUACUUUUGGUCAUGUAGUGUAUAAGGUCCUUGGACCUUAUGGAGUAAUGGUAGACUCACUCACUCCUUAAGAGUACGUUCUAGAGUGCGGUAUGAAAUAGUAGCUGGAAGCCAUUGUGGGCAACAAUGCUCGACCUUAUUGCCUCAAAAUUGCUAGUGCAUCGUCAGCAUAAGGGAUUCAAUUCCAAGCACAGAUGAGUUAUUUGAAAGAGCAACUUUGUUAGUUUCCCUACAAGCCUAUCAUUCUAAUGGUAAUAUAUCAUAUUCUUGACCUUUUUAAACAGAUGCACAGCCUUUGGCACAGAAAAAACUCAGCUGGGAGAGUAAAAGCCUCCCAUUCAAUGGUGUUCCCUUUCAAGUUGUUGGCACAAAGACGUAUGAAUGCCACCAGGGGAAAGACAGACAAACAAAAGCCAAAGAGAAAUAUGCUGCUGAAAGGGACAAGAAGGAAGUAAGUUAGUAGACGGAUCACUGUAAUUUAUACCAUACACUUUUGCAACAUUAAUUUCAUUUUAAUAAUGUUUAGUACUAACUAACAAUGGAAUGUUCCUCAAUAAAAUGGAAGAAGAUGGGACUUUAAACGGGUGUCCUAACUCUGUGGUCACUAAAGAUCCCAUGGCACUUAUUGCAAGAGUAUGUAAGUGGGGUUAGGGUGGUGAGUUUCCCCAUACACUGUAAAGAGCUUUAGGUGUCUGUCUAGAAAAGUGCUAUGGAAGUCAAAUUGUUUAUUAUUAUUAUUAUCAUUAUUAUUAUUAAACGUUUUGCCAUCUUCCAUAGCUUGAAGACCAUGCCUUUCUACAGAAACGGAAACUGGUACAAAAUACCAAAAAGGUGGACUGCAAGGCUAUAAUAAACAUUGCCCACGUUAUCCGCUUUCCUGAUUUUAAGGUAAAUAUUAAAAAGUAUCAAGGUCUAGGCCUACAGUUGGUCAAAGUCUAAGGCUGCGUUUACACAGGCAGCCCAAUUCCAAUUAGGGGCAAAAGAGAUUAUCUGAUUGGUCGAAAGAUCAAUUAGUGGGGAAAAAGAUCAGAAUUGGGCUGUCUGUGUGAAACAGCCUAACGCUGUACAUAGUAACAGUACAUAUUUAACAAAUACCACAUUAUUUGAUGUCUAGAUUGAGGAAAGUACAGUGCGCUCUAAAAAGGAGGCCUCCCAAACUCUGAAGGCAGCACUAAGUGAAACACCCAGCUCCGUGAAGGCAGAGGUUGUCUACUGCGUCAGGUUCCCCUCCCUCUCUGAGCAUAGCUCACAUGCAGUUGUUGGCGAGGUAAAUCUACAUAUAUAUAAUCUAUAUAAUAGAAUGUUGAUUAAGUUACCCCCUACCCACUGACCGCUUUAUGAUAAACUCAUGUAUUCUUUCUCCAACAGGCAGCUUAUGUUAGGGAAGCUGUAGAUGCCAGGCUGAGAGAGAAGAUUGAGCAGCUGACUCUGUCUGGUGUGAGAAAGAUGACUGAAAUGAAGUGUCAUCUUAACACCUUUGUAGUGGAAGAGCUUUUCUGUGGAGAGCAGCCCCCUCCACCUACUCGCAGGCGGUAUUACCCGACUGACAGUGACAUAAGAAAUGUCAUGUUUAAGACCAAGCAAUCCACCAGAGACCCCAACAUUGACCGUCCAGACGAAGGUCCAUCUAGAAGAGGAAAGAAGAGGUCAUCUAGGAAGGUGUUGCAGUUGAGGAGUCAAUGUGCAGGAUAUCUUAAAGAGAUCACAGACCUCACUUAUCAUCUCCAAGAUGAACAGUGCAUGACUGACCUGUCUUCACGUCUCAAAAGCGUGUUGCUGGAUAUGAAGGCCAAUGUUCCACAGGAUACAGGCCUUCCACUGACCUUUUCUCCAAGGAAGAGAAAAGCUGAGAAGGCCAUGGACCCCCUACCAACCAAGAGAGCAUCACACCCUUUCACAGGCGGGGUAGAACAGCAUACAGAGGACAUAGUGAGUGUGGAUACCUUGUUGGCAUUGACCCUAGGGUAGUAGGGCUGUGUGGAGACAUUUACAUUUUUAGUCAUUUAGCAGACGCUCUUUUCCAGAGCGACUUACAGUUAGUGAGUGCAUAAAUUAUUUAUUUAUUUUUCAUACUGGCCCCCCGUGGGAAUCAAACCCACAACCCUGCCGUUGCAAACGCCAUGCUCUACCAACUGAGCUACAUCCCUGCCAGACAUACCCUGGAUGACGCUGGGCCAAUUGUGCGCCGCCCCAGGAUCUCUAGUGGCACAGCUAGCACUGCGAUGCAGUGCCUUAGACCACUGCGCUACUCGGGAGAGUUAAGUUACACUACCUUGUUGGCAUUGAGCCUAGGGCUGAGGACGGAGUGUGUGGGUCCUUCCACCAAUUGAGUAUAUUUUGGGUAGUGUAACUUUUAUUUCAACUAAUAUUAACACAACUUGA